UGAUAGAUUGAAGGCUAGGUUUUGAAAUUUGAAUUUGAAAAAAGUGGAUAGGGAUGAACAAAAAGGGAAGCUCGUUCAUCAUUGCGUGGCAUGAUGAUGACGACGGACGCAGAAGGAAGGUUACGUUGCUGGUUACCAUCUCUGGAAUUAGGGAUAGGGUUCCUGAAUCUGUAUUUAUAGGCCUGGAAUUCAGAGCCAGAUGAUGAUUACAGCCAACCCUGUUGUUGUUGUUGUUGUUGUUGUUGUUGUUGUUUGCCUCAUAUCUAUCAAUCGAUUCCUUCAACCAUGUCUGAAUCUGAUAUGGGUAGCAACAGAGAUCAUCACUCCACUCUUGAGUUCCAACUGCUGCAACCUCAGCCACAGCUCCAAUUGGGGUUUCCUGCUCCACCCUCCAACUUCAACGGAGGAGAUUUUGCUGCUGCUGCUGCUGCUGAUGAUGAUGUUGUGAUUGCUCUUCCUGCACCAGCCCCAGUUGGGUCUUCAUCGGUGCCACCGGUGAAGAGGAAGAGGGGAAGGCCCAGGAAGUCGGCCGCCACCAACACCAACACCAACACCAUCACCACCCUUGCCAUUUUCCAGUCCGGUGGUCCUGUUACCCAGCCCGGUGAGGCCUCAGCUGGUGGUACUUCCGGGAAGAGGCCCAGAGGCAGACCUCGCGGUUCUCGCAACAAGAAACGCUCUGAAUCAGAAGGAAUUAACGUCACUCAUGAUGUUAUUACUGUGAAACCAGGAGAGGACUUGGCGGCAAAAAUCAUGGACUUUUCCCUGAGUGCUCCAAGAGACAUUUUCAUUUUAUCAGCAACUGGAUCCUUAUCCAAGGCUACAAUUUGUCAAUCUUCGUCAUCUGGUGAAAGGGUGACAUAUGAGGGGCGAUUUGAAAUCCUUUCCCUUACUGGCACUUUUUCUGUUGCUGAAGAUGGUAGGGAGGACAGUAGAGCUGGGGCAUUAAGUAUAUCCUUUUCAGGGUCAGAUGGCCAGGUUUUGGGAGGUGCUGUUGCAGGUCUAUUAAUAGCUGCUGCUUCUGUUAAGGUAUUCUUAGGGAGUUACAAGUCUGUGAAGCAGACAGGUACUGCCCAACCAAGGUUUGCAACAGGUGGCCAAAGUAGCUCACCAUCACUAGGCAGUGAUUCGUCAGGUGGGCUUGGAAGCCUUAACUAGAACAGGAGCCUCCAAUAACAAUAACGCACCAGAGAGCAUUCCAGGCAUGCCCUGGAAGUAGAGCUCUACUCUUUUUGCUUCUUUGUGUAACAUUAUCUUUAUGUAAGAUUAGUAAAACAUUUGAGGAUACAUUAUACAUUCUUACUUUAAUAUUAUUGGUGAUUGCAAA